UGUAAAAUGUCAAAGAAUUAACUAUUCAACCAACCCUACAGCCUUCCAUUGUUUUGAACAGCUUUUCUUGUAGACUACUCUCUUGUACAUAUUUAAGUGAAGACGUAGACUUAAUAACUUAUUAAAUAAACCUACGUAUAAUUACAUGUACAAUUUUGAUGUACGAAGACAUUCAUUAAAAGAUUAUUUUGCACAAUGAGGUUAUGUAAUAAAAUUUAAUUACCCAAAUUUUGAAUUACACUUUGUAAUAAUCGUACUGCAUAGUCAUGAUGGCACAAAAGAGCCAAGAUAAUAAUAAUUUAGACCAUAAGGUAGAUAAAGAUGCUAAACCUGACUCUGAAACUAACAUUGAGGAGGUUAUUGAGGAUAGUUGGUUGAUACGGGAUUGUGAAGUAUACAGGGAUGAAUAUGAUGAAUGCACAAGCUUUAAAGGAAGGUUUCACCAAUAUUUUAUAUAUGGUGAGACCCUGGACUGCAAUCAGUGGAAAAGAGAUUGUGACAACUGCUACAAAUGGGUGGAUAGUAAAGAUGUCAAGGCUGGAGAAGCAGUCAUAACUAGUGAAAAGAAUCGAAGAAUGGAAAGAUUUAGAGCCCACUAUAGGAAUGAUAUUUGGAAAAAGCGUGAAUUACCACCAGAUGAUUGGUCAGCCCCAUUACCUGAGUGGAUGGCCAAAAGGGAUGAGAAUACAUAUUUAGCACAAAAAGCUAAAGAAAUGAGAGAAGGAACUGAAACUGAUGAAAAAGAAAGCACAUGUUCAAUUAUGUAGUCAAUAAGUGAAAUUGAAGUGCAUUGUAUUCUCUGCUGCUGUUCGAUAAGAUUUUUACCUCUAUCAGAAAAGACAUGUUAGUUGUCAAAAUGAUUGGCAAUAUAAAAGUGUUAACAAAAUACCUCUUUAGUGUGUUAGAGCAUUUUGUAAAUGUAAGUUAUUUUGUUAUAUAUUAGAUUAAAUAGUAAAUUACAUUUAUUUAUUGAGU